GUGCAACUUAAAAUAAUAUGGUAACCUUGUAUAUAUUAUUGUUUUCUGGCUUGAUAACAUGUAAUAAUGCAUACAAUGAUUUCUUCGACGAGGAAUUAAUGUUAAAACCUUUAUCAAGUAAUCAUAUUUAUGCUUAUUUUCAAUUUACCACAAUAUGGGAAACAGCAAAACAUAUAGAAGCGCUUCAACAUUUGCAUCUCUUUCCAAGAGGAUUGGGUGAAAUCAUAGGACGUCAUAAUAUCGAUGAGUUACAUGUUACUUUAACAGAAGGUUUAUGGAAUUAUCAAAAAUGGGGAUAUCCAUUUCAUGAUGCUGGACCUGGUGCUGAAAUUACUGCCUGGUUUAAUAAGAAUGUAACAAACAUAGAUAAAGAAUGGAAAGGUUUGACAAAUGCUUUAGCUGGAUUACUUUGUGCAUCUCUGAAUUUUAUUGAUACAUCUAAUAGUAUGUCACCAGAGUUUACCUUUCGUCCUACUGGACUAGUUAUGGAUGGACUAAUAAAUGCUAAUCACUUACGUUAUUCAUCAUUACCAAAGGAGAUAGUUUGUACAGAAAAUCUAACACCAUUUAAGAAAUUAUUGCCAUGCGAUUCCAAGAGAGGUCUAGCAACAUUACUAAAUUCUGCACAUAUUCAUAAUACAAAUUAUCACUCUAUUGGAAUACAUUUUCGAUCAAUAUGUCGUGAUAUAACUUGCACAAGAAUUUCUUUAGAAUUGCGACAAACUGUCUCCUUAAUAUAUGAUAUAAUGAUAGACAUGAAUCAGGAUUGGUCAAUACGAAAAUUUUUUGGAAUGGGACUUCAAGGUGCAUGCCCGCUUGCAACAUUAAGUAAUGUAUAUGUUGAUAUAUCAAGCAAUAAUACGAAUCAUAUAUAUGAAUUAACACCACCACCAAGUGCAAAAAUUAUUAGCUUACGUGGAGGACAACAGAAUGAAAUAGCAGUAUAUGAUAUCAAAACUCAUUCUAGUAAAGGAAUAUUUAAUAUUGCUGCUACAUACAAUAUGGGAGCUAAUACUAAUAUAAACUAUCCUUCAAUCCUCUAUGCAAAUAGAUAUAUUAUUGGAUAUGGACAAGAAAGAGGCAGUUUAGUAACUAAAUUAUAUAACAAUCACUGGCAGACAUUAGACGUGAUCUUAUUGGAAAAUAUUCCAUGGUACUUAUUGGUUUACUUACAUUCUAUUACAAUAACUCAGAAUGGACAACAAAUUCAUCCAUUGAUACAGCGUUAUCUACCUGGAAAGGAAAGAAAAAGCCCGUACUACUUAGAAUUAAUUUUGCGCCUACCUCCAUAUUCAGUAAUGAAAAUCACUAUCGAUAUAGAUUACUUAUUUCUUAAAUGGCAGGAGUAUCCACCAGACGCUAAUCAUGGUUUUUACAUGGGACCAGCCAUAGUUACAGCUUUAUUACCUAUAGCUAGAAAUUAUACCGCUCUGCCGUUUGACGGAAGUACAAUCACUUCAAGUUUUAACGCUUCGAGGGAUGACUAUUUAGUACAAUUACGGACAGAGUCCUUACUUAUCAGUCUUCCGACUCCCGAUUUCAGUAUGCCUUACAAUGUCAUAUGCCUUGCAUGUACGGCCGUCGCAUUAGCAUUCGGUCCUCUUCACAAUAUUUCCACAAAAAGAUUAGUCUUGAAGCGUAUUGAAAAGGAUUGGAAAAGUAAAUUGUUUUCCUUCUUCGUAGAAAAAACUUUUAGAAUAAAGAGAAAACAAGAAUAAAACUAUAAAUGAACAUAUGUAUUAUAAAUGUAUGUACAAUGUAUUUCUCAUUUAAAUAAA